GACAGCGACUCCGAGGGCGAGGAAAAGCAGCUUGCGGAGAAGAAGACGACGGUCAUGCGGGUGCAGAACCGGCUGCAGCAGGCCUACGCCCGGCAGCUCGAGGCCGGCACCAGCGUCUGGCGAUGGGAGUAUACGAAGGACAGGAAGGACAAGCAGUGGCCCCCGCGCUACCGUGCGGUGGCGACCGUGCCCCUGGCGGGCCAGGUCUUCUCCUCGGACUGGCUCCGGGGGCAGCGGGCGGCCCAGAUCGACGCCUGCGAGAAGAUCGAGCAGUUCCUGGAAGGCCAGUUCCCCCGCGGGAGAACCUCUACCGGGUCGAUCUCAAGGUGA